CAGUCUACGAUAACUUCGUAAAGUUUCUUCGAAAUGCAUGGACGACGAGAAAGGAUCUGUAUACAAAAGCAGCUUCGUACUAUAAAGCUGAGGAUAGGUCUGAGAAUGCACAUCCAAAUCAACUAAUGUUCGAAGACAAAUUGGGGAAACCUAUUGAAAAGGAAUUUAUCAAAUCAAGAGAUAAUGCUGAGCGGAAAUGUUUGCGAAUGUCAGGAAUGCAACUGGAUCAAAAUGCCACCGAUCAAUUCCUGACAAAAUCAUAUUCGAAAAAUGGACCAAUGUCUGAAUUCAAAGAUGCUGUUGUUCAACUGAUUUCUGAAGUAGAAAAGGUUGAGAAGCAAAGAAUUCACGGGAUUACCAACAUGUCAACAAUGAGUAUUAUCAGAAUAGUUUCCGAUGCAAUGUUUCGCGAGGCUCGUCAUGAAUUUGGUACGAAAGAUGAAUGAAACACAGUGGACAUGGACUGUUCAUUAACUGAUAAAUUUUUAUUCUGUGGUGAUGGUGGUGUUUUACUAAUUCAUAUCAAUAAACAUUUUCUCAUUCUCAAA